UCAUCUAUUGGCUAAUCAGAAAAAUUUAAUUCCAUUGACUUUUAUUCGAUUACCUCAUUUUCUAUUAUAAUAUACACAGAGGUACCAAAUUUCAACAGUAGUAGGCAGAUACCUAUUGUCUUAGAAAACGUUUUCUCUUUGUUCUGUUUCUUGACACAAAGGAAGAAGAAGAUGGAAGCAACAUACGAUCGUGCUAGUGAGGUAAAAGCUUUUGACGAGUUGAAGAUCGGCGUAAAAGGUCUCCUAGACGCCGGAGUUACUCAGAUCCCACGUAUCUUCCAUCAUCCACAUCUUAAUUUAACCGACUCAAAUCUACUUCUUUCCUCUACAACGAUGGUUAUACCAACAAUCGAUCUUAAAGGAGGCGUGUUCGACGAGUACACAGUCACGCGAGAGAGCGUCAUCGCGAUGAUCAGAGACGCGGUUGAGAGAUUCGGGUUUUUCCAGGUGAUUAACCAUGGGAUUAGUAAUGAUGUUAUGGAGAAGAUGAAAGAUGGGAUUCGUGGGUUUCAUGAGCAAGACUCAGACGUUAGGAAAAAGUUUUAUACUCGUGACGUCACCAAAACAGUUAAGUAUAACAGUAAUUUUGAUCUUUAUAGCUCUCCUUCAGCGAACUGGAGAGAUACCUUGAGUUGCUUUAUGGCUCCUGAUGUUCCAGAAACAGAGGACUUACCAGAUAUUUGUGGGGAAAUCAUGUUGGAAUAUGCGAAACGAGUGAUGAAACUAGGGGAACUAAUCUUUGAGCUUUUAUCAGAAGCUUUAGGGCUGAAUCCUAACCACUUGAAAGAAAUGGAUUGCACAAAAGGUUUAUUGAUGCUUUCUCAUUACUACCCGCCUUGUCCUGAGCCUGGUUUAACUUUUGGCACAAGUCCGCAUUCAGACAGAUCUUUUCUCACUAUUCUUCUUCAAGAUCACAUUGGUGGGCUUCAAGUUCGUCAGAAUGGUUAUUGGGUUGAUGUUCCUCCUGUUCCGGGAGCUCUUCUCGUUAACCUCGGAGAUCUUUUACAGGCAAGUUGUUAUUGUGACAUGAUACAAACUGUUCGUUUGAUACAAAUUUAUAUUUGUUUGUGUGAUUUGUUUUGUAGCUUAUGACCAAUGAUCAGUUUGUGAGCGUAGAGCAUAGAGUUCUGGCUAAUAAAGGUGAAAAGCCGCGGAUCUCAGUAGCAUCUUUCUUUGUGCAUCCUUUACCGAGUUUACGAGUUUAUGGACCGAUAAAAGAACUUUUGUCUGAGCAAAACCUUCCCAAGUAUAGAGACACUACCGUCACUGAGUACACGAGUCAUUACAUGGCAAGAGGACUUUAUGGAAAUUCUGUGUUGCUUGAUUUCAAGAUCUGAUAAAAUAAACUUUGGAGUUUACCAACAUAACUCAGGUCUUCUACAGUUUCACUUGAUUGUUCCGUACCUUAUGAAAGAAAGCUUCUCGCACACUCAAACAAAUGUACUCAUGAUGCUAUUAAUUUAGGCAAUGAGUUGGGAUAUGUUAUACAUUUGGUAGUCGGGCUUAUUGAAUAAUCUUAUAUUACUCAUGAUGCUAUGUUUAUUUUUCAAGGAACCCUAGUAAGUAAUCCCUUAGCCGGUGCAAAAAUCAUUACAGUUAACAAU